AUGAUCCCGCCGUGCGAUCCAGUCAUUCUUGAGAACAACCCUCAAUUCAAACACCUCUAUGAACAAGUGACUACAAAGUUUCUCAACCCGGAUGGCUCGACGCGCGCCAAUGAUGCACAGCCGGCAAGAACGGCGCUUUUGGAAGAAUUGAACGACUGUCGCAUCCGCGAUGCAAGGAAGAAGAUCACAAAGCAGACAUUGCGACGACUGGCAUUUGACCCCGAUAGCGAGCUCCCGGACGAGUAUCAAGACCCCGCAGCGAUCGUAUACCUCUACCUCGAAUCCCGCCCCGAUGCGAUCAACCUUCCUGCCGACAACGACGAUCAGCCCGACACCGACACCGCCCUUCAACUCCUCACUCCAGACAUCGACCUAUUCUACUCCAGCCUCCCAGAUCUUGCUGAGCCUUUUUCCCGCAUGUUGCUGGCCGACCUGAGCGAUCUGCGUGCAAUCACAGAUGCAGGAAUAGAUCCAGAUGAACCCGCCGCCGCCGCCGCUUCACCCGCGGAAGGUCCUCGGACACGCGCCCGCACGCGCCAGACAGCAACUGGCAGCAGAAGAACCGUUGCGCAGCAGAUCACACUCUCCUCGCGGCUGGACAAGCGCAUCCAGGCCCUGCGCCAUAGACAAUUGAGCGAAUUACCCGCAGCGCGGACCCGCAUGGCUGCGACAGCUGCCGAAGUUCUGGCGACGCGAACUGCGGUGUUAGAACGGACGGUGAUGCUUCUUGAACGGGCGAAGCAUGGGGCAUUCGCUCGGGCCACGAAGGCCAAGGCAGAGCAUUUGGCCACGGUCGCGCAGGGGCUGGAAGGCAGGCUCAGUGUUAUGAAGCUGGAGAUUUCGGCCGCGAUCCAUACUCCGGAGGUUGUUGCGGCGCUGGGUCGGUAUUGGGAUCAUCUUGAGGAUACGCGGGAGCGUCUGGAAGAGAGGCGUGCGGAUGCAUUGGAGGAAUUAAAAGCGUAUGGCAUUGUGGCAGAGGAUGAAUCCGAUAGAGGGGAGGGUGCGUCUGAAGAUUCAAUGCGCUCCGAGCCGGAAACCAUGGGAGAGGUUUAUCGCCGAUGCUGGACUUUGAUGCGAGAGGUUGAGCGGUCAAUAUCAGUCAACCCAUUACCCGAUCCACUCACAAAUCUUCAUAUCACAUCCAAAAUGGCUGACGACGCGAUCUCCAUCUACGACGAAAUCGAAAUCGAAGACAUGACCUUCGACCCCAACCUCCAGAUCUACCACUACCCGUGCCCGUGUGGCGAUCGGUUCGAGAUCGCGAUCGACGACCUCCGCGACGGCGAGGAAAUCGCCGUCUGUCCUAGUUGCAGUCUGAUGAUCCGGGUGAUUUUCGACGAGGUGAGUUUCUUUUGCCACUACAUCCAUACGUUAUGCGGGCUUGUGGCUAAUCUGUGA